CCCAUCCUACGAUUCAUUUAUCUGUCAUCCGGGCGCUGAAACGAAUAACAGCUUCAUCAUGGCGGCCACUGACCUUAUGGCCUCUCUGCUCAAGUAUGCCUCUUUUUCGGCCGCCAUCGCGGUCGGCUUAUACGCGACGCUGCUGGGCCUACUGACAACGCAAACAUUCCAAUCCCACGUGGUGUAUCUGCAUGCCAUCGAAAUGACAUGGUUCAAGGACCUCAAUGUCCCUGAGGCCUUUGGCUUUCUACGCAAUCAGGUCACCCCUUUCACGAUCCGGACUCCCGAUGGGGAGCAGCUUUACGCCUGGCAUAUCCUGCCCGUGGAACUGUACCGCCAACACGAGCAAUCCCUGGUUGCGGAGCCUGCGGGAUUGGUCUCCGACAUCACCUCCCGGCUCUCCUUUCAGCUUCUGCGCGACGACCCCGACGCUCGCUUGAUCUUGCACAUGCAUGGUGCCGGGGGCACCGUGGGCUCGGGCUAUCGCGUUCCUAACUACCGGGCGCUGUCCGCUGGCCAGCCGGAGAAGAUCCAUGUGCUAACCUUUGAUUAUCGGGGGUUUGGACGGAGUACUGGUCAACCCUCGGAGGCGGGCCUGAUCACUGACGCCCGUGCGGUGGUCGACUGGGCCAUGACGGUCGCUGGCAUCCCCCCUUCUCGCAUUCUCAUCUUCGGCCAGUCCAUGGGGACUGCCGUCAGCCUCGCCAUCACUCGCGACCUUGCUGUCCAAUCUCCACCUGUGGUCUUUGCUGGCACCGUGCUCGUGGCCCCGUUUGUCGAUGUUGCCACGUUGGUUUCGACCUACCGUGUGGCGGGAAUCGUUCCCAUCCUGUCCCCACUUGCGCGCUUCCCAUGGCUUUUCGAAUCCCUGCAGGGCUUCAUCCGGGACAAGUGGCUGAGCAAGGAUCGCAUUGCCGAGUACGUGCGGGCCAACGAAGUGAACGGGGAAGAAUACCACCUUACGAUCAUCCACGCAGAAGACGACUAUGACAUCCCGUCCCACCACAGCCAAGCCGUUUUUUGGCAUGCAGUCCGAGGAUCUGUCCCCGGAGGCAUCAGCUACGAUGAGCUAGAGCUGAAGAAACUAGACACCAAAGUAGACCUUGGCGCUGCUGGCAGUGUCAUGGAAUGGAAGACUGACAAUGGCAUCAUCAGGGAGCAGAUCCUGAAGACUGGCUUGCAUGAUGUUAUUAUGGGGUAUCCGGUAGUUACCAUGGCCGUUAUGCGUGCCUUUGAAUCGGCAGACCCAGCGUUCACGGGUCUGCUGCACCGAAACUAAGACGAAACGAUGGAUGGACGCCAUACAAUAUGUAUCAUGUGAAGUCAUUUAUAUGUCAUGCCAUUUAUUCAGCCCGUACUAUUCAUGAGACAACCUUUGAUAACUAAAUAUUAGAUUUCAGGAUUUAUUACUCGCAUAAAACAUAUUCGAUGCUGUAUACGACACAGUAAAGAAUCUGCUCUUGCCAACCUGAGUCGCACUCUUACCCGCCCCAGCAUAUCCACUAGCUCUCUGUAUCGCAUCACGAGCCUCAUCCAACCAAUUUCAGGAUUCAAAGAGGUGAACCCAG